AUGAAGCAAUUUGGUUGUGCUGAACGCCAUGCUGGAAUCAUGGCGCACGUUAUUGACAACGGAACGGCUUCCAAAGCAUUCGCAUCCGCCAACGACGUGAGACAGGACUAUGUGCUCGUUCUCACCAUCUUCAGGCUCAUAUUCCCUGCCAAACUGAUGGAUACCAAUCGUUAUGCCUGUCCUGGAAUCCGCCUUACCUAUAAGACUGAUGGGCAUCUUUUCAAGAGCCGGCACAUGCGAACUCCAAAGCCUAGAUCCCUGAAUACUGUUCCUGACUUUCUCUUCGUCAAAUACUGCAUCUGA